AUGACCGACUCUCACAUGUCCAGCUCUGUGGGCAGCUUCAACGGCAGCACUCCUGCUGCCACCGACUGGAACAUCACAGGCAGCGGCCCAUGGCUGCUGGCCUUCAUGCUGACUGCCAUCAUCCUCAUGACGAUCUGUGGCAACAUCCUGCUCAUCGCUUUGGUGUUUGCCCAUCGCUCUUUGCGUUGCACCUCCAACUGCUUCCUGGUGUCUUUGUUCUUCUCCGACCUGAUGGUGGCCUUGGUGGUCAUGCCUCCGGCCAUGCUCAACGUGCUGUGCGGCUCCUGGGUGUUGUGGCCUGCUUUUUGCCCGGUUUGGCUAUGCUUUGAUGUCAUGUGCUGCAGCGCGUCCAUCCUAAACCUGUGCGUGAUCAGCCUGGACCGUUAUAUCUUCAUUAUUUCACCGCUGCGCUACAAGCAGAGGAUGACUCCACCACGGGCCCUGCUUCUGGUUGGAGCUGCUUGGGGUCUGGCAGUACUGGCCUCCUUUUUACCCAUUGAGAUGAACUGGCACAGUUUAGGCCACGGGAAUGAAGACCCCCCAAUUCCUCAAGUCAGUCUUGGUAACAUCAGUUCCUUCUAUGAAAAACUGUACCCAGAGUCCUACUUUCAGCUCUCACCAUCAGGAGGUGCGUCGUUUCAGUGCCGCCUGCAGGUGACCCUGCCCUUUGCCCUGGUGGCAUCCGUGCUUACCUUCUUUCUGCCCUCCAGCGCCAUUUGCUUCACCUAUUGCCGCAUCCUUCUGGCCGCACGCAGACAAGCAAAGAGAGUUGCAGCACUGAGCCACCCACCACACCCUCAUCCAUCCCUUGGAGAACCUUCCCGGCCUCCUUCCUCCAGAGUCGAAGCAAGGUCAGCUCAGCAGGAUGGAUAUAAAUUCAAUCACGGACCUCCCAUGUCUCAAAAUGUACUGCUGUCUGUGACCAGUGAGCGCCGUCUUGCUCACAAGCAGGGUCGGAGGGCGCUGAAGGCCAGUCUCACACUGGGAGUCCUCCUGGGACUAUUCUUCAGUGCUUGGUUGCCCUUUUUCAUCACCAACAUGGCUCAGGCAGUGUGCGAGUGUGUCCCACUGGAGCUUUUUGAUGCCAUCACCUGGCUGGGUUACUGUAAUAGCACCAUAAACCCCAUCAUCUAUCCGCUGUUCAUGAGGGACUUCAAGCGAGCUCUGGCAAAGCUUCUGCCCUGCUGUUCCUCGCGCUCCCCUAGAAGACCCUCACCAGCUCUCUCCAUCUCUCUGCGUAACUCAGGGGAGCCCAACAUUGCCAGCGACCCCACCUCGCCUCUGAACUCCGACCCCACCCAGCCACCUGCCACCGCCACGGACGCCGUCAACCUGCUGGAUGCCGAACACGCUGGGAUUGAGAUGCCUCUUCUUCUUCCAAAUCAGGUUGACACCCUGGAAUGA